AUGGCGGCUUCAUCCAGUACUGCCUCUAUGAUUUUCUUGUCAUUUGCGCUUCUUGUCUUUUCAACAUUUGCGCGCACUUCAUGUGCUGCUACUUUCACAAAUGCCACUUGCAUCGAGAGGGAGAGGGAAGCUCUUCUCGAAUUUAAGCGAGGCCUCAUCGACAACUCCAAUCUCCUGUCAUCAUGGGUUGGAGAUGACUGCUGUUCGUGGAAGGGAGUCAGAUGCAGCAAACGGACGGGCCGUGUCCUGAAGCUCGACCUUCGAAGUCCAUGUGUUGUGUCCUUCUACUUCGAUGAUGAACCGCUCAAACCAGUAUUGGAGCAGGGGAACUGCAGUUUGACAGGUCACAUACAUCCUUCUCUAAUGGAGCUGCAGCAUUUGAAUUACCUCGACCUGAGCUGGAACAACUAUUCAUACACAAAAAUUCCAGAGUUCCUAGGCUCACUCUCUAAUUUGGUGUAUCUUAACCUCUCCAAUGCAUGCUUCGCCUUUGGUGACAUUCCCCUUCACCUCGGGAACCUCUCCAAUCUGCAGUAUCUUGAUCUCAAUAUUCAAUAUUUAAGGGGUUAUGCAACAGUUAAUAACCUUGAAUGGUUAUCAGGUCUUCCUUCCUUGAAACACCUCGACUUGUCUGGCAUCUCCGUUAGGAAUGCCCAAGGCUGGUUGCAGUCAAUGUCCAUGCUUUCUUCUCUUCAAUUCUUGGGAUUAGCAUUCUGUUCUCUUCCAAAGGUUGACCCAGCAGCCUUGCAAGUGAAUUUCAGUACUUCACUGGAGUUUCUUGAUCUGAGUUAUAAUAAUUUAGGCUCCGUCAUUCCUAAUUGGUUGCUCAAUUUAAGCUCCAUCAGACACCUCGAUCUCUCCUCUAGUUUUGCUGAAGUAGCCGUCUCCUUUCCCACUGAAGGAGCCGUCUCCUUUCCCACUGAGAUCAUCAAUAAUAACAAACAGCUCGCCUUCCUUGAUCUCGGAUAUAAUUCCAUGAGAGGUGAGCUGCCGAAGAAUCUCAGCAAUCUCUGCCACCUGUUUGCGUUGACAUUGGCAGUCAAUAACCUUGAAUGGUUAUCAGGUCUUCCUUCCUUGAAACACCUCGACUUGUCUGGCAUCUCCGUUAGGAAUGCCCAAGGCUGGUUGCAGUCAAUGUCCAUGCUUUCUUCUCUUCAAUUCUUGGGAUUAGCUCGCUGUUACCUUCCAAAGGUUGACCCAGCAGCCUUGCAAGUGAAUUUCACCUCUCUCGAGUUCCUUGAUCUGAGUGGUAAUAAUUUAGGCAUAGGCUCCGUCAUCCCUAAUUGGUUGCUCAAUUUAAGCUCCAUCACACACCUCGAUCUCUCCUCUAGUUUUGCUGGAGGAGCCAUCUCCUUUAGUAUUGAAGGAGCCGUCUCCUUUCCCACUGAGAUCAUCAAUAAUAACAAACAGCUCGCCUUCCUUGGUCUUGAAUAUAAUUCCAUGAGAGGUGAGCUGCCGAAGAAUCUCAGCAAUCUCUGCCACCUGUUUGCGUUGAAAUUGGCAGGUAACGGCUUGACUGGAGAUAUUUCUGCUGCAUUAGGCAAUCCUUUCAGCUGCCUCCAGAAUACGUUGAGAUAUUUAGAUCUCGCGGAGAAUAAAAUCAGUCGUUUGGGGGAUGAAAUUGGGUACUUCAAGAAUUUAGAGUAUAUUGACCUUUCGAGAAACUCAGUCGAGGGUCCAAUUCCAGUGUCUCUGCCUCAGCUAUCCUCUUUGAAGUACUUGUAUCUCGGGUUCAACAAAUUGACGGGUAGAAUCCCAGAAAGCAUCGGCCAGCUAUCGAUCCUAGAGUAUAUUGACCUUUCGAGAAACUCAAUCGAGGGUCCAAUUCCAGUGUCUCUGCCUCUGCUAUCCUCUUUAAGGCACUUGUAUCUCGGGUACAACAAAUUGACCGGUAUAAUCCCAACAAGCAUCGGCCAAAUGUCGAACCUAGAAUUUAUUGAACUUUUGGGAAACUCAAUUGAGGGUCCAAUUCCAGUGUCUCUACCUCAGCUAUCCUCUUUGAAGUCCUUGGAUCUCGGGAACAACAAAUUGACGGGUAGAAUCCCAAAAAGCAUCGGCCAAAUGUCGAACCUAGAGUAUAUUGCCCUUUCGGGAAACUCAAUUGAGGGUCCAAUUCCAGAGUCUCUGCCUCAGCUAUCCUCUUUGAAGCACUUGUAUCUCGGGUACAACAAAUUGACGGGUAGAAUCCUAGAAAGCAUCGGACAGAUGUCGAAUCUAGUUGAAUUAGACUUGUCCAACAAUCUCUUGAAAGGAGUGGUGACCGAACUUCACUUGGCUAAUCUCACGAGCUUGACUGCGUUGGACAUUUCGUCAAAUGAGUUGGCGGUCAAGAUUAACCCAAAAGUGGUUGCUCCAUUUCAAGCUAGUACUAUUCGCAUGUCAAACUGCAAAGUUGGGCCUCAAUUUCCCACAUGGCUUCGAGCACAAAGGAACAUUCGCGUCUUGGAUUUGUCCAAUGCAAGCAUAUCAGGUAUCAUCCCUGAUUGGUUUUACAACAUCUCUUUUAACAUCGAGACCCUGUAUCUGUCUAGCAAUGAGUUGAGUGGAGAAAUUUCUUUGUGCAAUAUGAAGUCCUUAAAAGGCUUUGACCUCUCAAAUAACAAACUGUUCGGGACACUCCCAGAGUGUUGGAAACGUUUAGGUCAACUGCAAGCAAUAAACUUGGGGAAUAACCUGUUCAGUGGCCAGGUUGCAACAUCCUUAUGCUCUAUAACAGAGCUGUCCUUUCUGGGGCUACAAGGCAAUGCCUUCAGUGGGAGUAUCCCCAAAUGUUUAAGCACUAUGACUAAUCUUGAGAUACUUGAUCUGGGUCGAAAUAAAUUGGCUGGUCGAAUCCCCUCUUGGAUUGGUCGCAUGGUUCAGCCAAGGGUGUUGAAUCUUGAGUUUAAUUCCUUCUAUGGGGAGAUUCCCAUGAGCAUAUGCAAACUCAGAGACCUUCGAGUUUUAAACCUUGCACACAACAACCUCUCUGGAAGCAUCCCCCUUUGCUUUGACAACUUAACCACCAUGUCCGACCCAAAGUACCUUCCCGAUACAAACGUCUCUUAUUCGCUUGGAGUUGAGGUCCAAAUGAAGAACAUAACCCAAGUAUACACCAGUGCACUCCGGUAUCUUUUCUCCAUUGACCUUUCAAACAACAUAUUAAAUAGAGAUAUUCCGGCUGAGUUGACACGGCUCUGCAACCUUGAAAAUCUGAACCUGUCACAGAAUGAUCUCUGGGGAAGAAUCCCUCCAGAGAUUGCCAAUCUGAAGAAGCUGGAGUCCCUUGAUUUGUCCAUCAACCAACUCUCAGGCCCCAUACCACAGAGCUUAUCCGAAUUAGACUCCCUGGGUUACCUGAACCUGUCGUUUAAUCAAUUGUCUGGUCCCAUUCCCUCUAGUGCCCAUCUGAGUACAUUUACAAAUGAAUCAUAUCUCGGGAAUGAUGCACUAUGCGGACCUCCACUUUCAAAGAAUUGCUCAAGAGAUCAUGGCCAAUCUAACGAUAUUCACAAACAGCAUGGUGAUGUUUCGGAAGCAUUCUUGGAGACGGUCCUUCUUUCUUUGGCCAGACAAAAUUAUCUCCCAAUUGCUGGUGAUGGUAGAGAUUAA